GAAAUGCCACAAUCAGCAAAGAGCAAAGCAAAAGCACGCAGUCUCGAAUGUAACUCAACAUAGACGAAGAUUAAACACAGCGUUCCUCCGGCUUCAAAGAAACGAACAACCGUGCACGCAUCUCCAGCUGUUUGCGAAACGCGAAGAAAGAGACCAUGUGAAAGCGUCUUUUGCAGAAUAUCAUCGUGCGGAAACGACUGAAAGUUUAGGCUCUGUGUAAGGAAUGUCUACGGAGGAGAAGCCUGAAGCUUCCAUGUAUGUCUAUGAGUCGACGGUGCAUUGUGCCAACAUCCUCCUGUGCCUGAAUGAACAGCGGAAGCAGGACGUCCUGUGUGAUGUGACAGUGUUGGUUGAGGGGAGGGAGAUCCGUGCCCACAGGGCAGUGCUGGCAGCUUGUAGUCAGUAUUUCUCCCUGCUGCUCAGGGGCCAGAGGGAACAUGAGCCGAUCAUCAACCUGCCACAGAAGAUCACGGAGAAAGGCUUUGUUCCACUGUUGCAGUUUGCUUACACAGCCAAGCUGCUACUCAACAAGGACAACAUCCACAAUGUUAUGUGUUGUGCAGAAUUCCUGGGAAUGCACAACCUCGAAGACUCCUGCUUCCGCUUCCUACAGACCCAAAUGAAAAGUGAGGUUCCUGGCAUGCACACCAGCAAGAAUCCUCUUUCACCCCAGACCCUGGUUCAGAAGCAUCCUGAUAAUGGGUCAGUGGACCCAAAGGUGCGGUUGAGUGUUUCCAAACCACCACUGUUCAGAUCAAGCCUGCAUCCUGAAAAUGAUCAAUUAAAAGACACCAACAACCUGCAUCAAUCAGACCAACCUCCAGAUUUUGACAUCCCUCAUUAUCCCAAAUAUAGAAAGUACCAUCAGGUUCUUGCAAAGCACACCGCAACCACCUCCUCACACAGCAGUACCUCAAGCUUACACAGAUCCCUGCAGGAUACCGUCACCAGUAGCGAUGCCCAGGGCCUUGAUCUUUUCAAGGUCAAAGCAGAACCGGCAAAUGGGGAAGACUGUGUGCCACUGGAUUUGUCAGAGUUGGAGCAGGAUGGUCUGGUCAGGGGUAAAGGGAAUGAGAUGGAGAUGGAGAUGGAGAUGGAAAUGGAGUUUGAAGGAAGACAACUUAGUUCAACACCCAUGGAAUUGCCUGUGAGCAAACGUUCACCAGUGUGCCUGCGCUCCCUUGUUAAAAAGGAAGCCACGUCUUCGGAUCAUUGUCUUAGGACUGAUCUGCAACUCAACAGCAGAACCUCUCCCCUUCAAGAACAAGUUGCUCUAGAUUGCUUCCAAAAAGACUAUAAGGCCUUCGUUGGGGGACUUGGAGUGACAUCCUCAAAGAAGGCUGAGAAAUUAACUGAUGGCGUGUCGCUCAAGUCACUUUCCUUUGAGAUGAUCUGUUCUCAAGAAUCUGAACAGGAGAGCGACAGAACAAGUGUCAUCUUCUCCUCUCAAGCCCCCUACCAUCUGGCAGCACCCGUUCACUCUUAUCCGGGUGAGAGCUGUUUGGGCCAGGAGACCCCGGAUGACUUAUGGGCAGGUUCCAGCCAGUCAUUCCCCUGCUCCCAAGCACUGUCCCCAACUUCUGUCACUCAAGAACCCGCAUUGCCCUACCGCCGCCGGCCAAAGAGCAGCUGUCCGGUGCCCAUUAAGAUGUGUCCCCGUUCAUCUCAUGCCGAGAGCCACAUCAGAACCUCCAGCUCUUGCUCUUCCUACUCCUAUGCUGAAGAUGGCAGUGGAGGAUCUCCUUCCAGCCUGCCACAGUUUGAGCUGUCUACCUCUCCUUGUUCCACCAUGGCGCGAUGCCUGGUCCUUGACCACCAGGAGCAUAGCAUGUCGGGGCCACCAAAGAUUAAGUUCGAGAAGUCCUACGACACUAAUUCCAGUGAUGAAUCUGGAUCUUUUUCUGAUGGAGAUAGCGAAUCCUUUCCCUCCAAAGAGCUCAGUCAAGAGAUCAAACUGCCUUUCUCAAUAGACCAUAUCACAGAGCUGACACGCAAUGACUUUCAGCUGAUGAUUAAGAUGCAUACGCUGACCUCAGAUCAGCUAGACUUCAUCCACAACUUGAGACGCCGCAGUAAAAACCGCAUCGCAGCUCAGCGCUGCAGGAAAAGAAAGCUGGACUGCAUCCAGAACCUGGAGCAUGAGAUUCACAAACUGGUCUGUGAGAGACAGAAGCUCCUAACUGAACGCAGCCAGUUGAAGACCUGCAUGGGGGAGCUGUGGGAGAACUUCUCCUUUUUGUCUCAGGAGGUCUGCAGGGAAGAACAAUGGAGUCCAGAACAGUCUCGGUCUUUGUAUAAUCUACACCCAGAACCAGUUUCAUCCAGUCCAACCAAUACAGACCUUAGAAUCUCUCCCAAUCCCACCAGUAUAGACGUCACUCUCACCUCACACAACAGCGUGGUGUUGUCUUCAGGCUUAACUGGCUGCCAGGCCGUAGCCGAACCACAACACAUACACCUAAGAGUGGACAGAGAGACUGUCACUUCUGAGAGGUCAGAACCUUCCCACGCGGGCAGCUCAAGUGUGACAACUGAUUUCUGCCAGGAAUUGACAGAGAAGUGUACGACAGAAGAGCUGCCCGAGAGAAACUGAGUCCGGUGAAUUGCAUUUUUAUCUGUUAUCAUAAGAAUUGGUUCCGUGUUCAAAUGUUACUUUUUUUCACUACGUUAAAGGACUGUUCUGUUGUUAUCUUCAUGGUGCAUCACCUGAUGUGUUUUGUUCGUGUGCGCAUAUGGAUUUGUUCUAUGAUGAUGCUAAAAUAAUUUCAUUUUGAACAGUUCCUUCAUUUUUUCAUAUUAAUUUUAUGCUAUCUAGUUCUCAGAUUUAUCUCAGGAAUUUCAGAUUUUUGGCACAACUUUAAAUCAAGCAGCAUAUGCAAAUGUGACAUUGAGUGUUUGAAAGUGUUUUGUAUCUUUUGUGCAUUAAAGCAUUCCUAACAAAAUAGAAUGUUGGAGAAAACUAAACAGCUGCUCACCUCAAUUUGCAAGAAGCCAAGCAAUCUGUUUGUCAGCAUGGAGAAAUCAACAUCUGGUCAUCUCUUUCUAAACUAGCUUAAUGGAGAGCUCUUCUACAAAAUAGAUGAUGAAGCAGUGACGAUUAGCUGCCUGCAUGUUCCCUCAAAUAUUUUGUGAUGAAGCAUCAUUUGAUAUGGAAGCAAUUUUCUACAGAAGUUCAGUUUUCUAGACUUUUCAAAUGAUUGAUCAGGGAGGUCUGUUGUAUAAAACUCCCCAAGCAAACUUCUGACUUUCAGUUAUUCUGACGUUCAUUUUGGCAGCUUACACUUAGAUCUCUCAGACCUGAUUUGAUUCUUUCAGGGCGUUAUGCACAUGAUAAUUUUACUGCAGUCAGAAAUCAAAGCAAAUCAAUAUUAUUUUCCUCUCUUAUGUUAUUUUUUUUUAUGGGUGCGGGGUUGGGUGGGUUGCAGUCCUUUAUCAUUUUUAAAAUGAUAAUAAGUGUGUAUACUUGUCCAUAGUACACUUUCAGUGUUUCAUUAGUUCAAUGGUCAUAAUGUUUUCACUCUUACAAGUUCUCAAAUCACUGCUUCCUUUAAUUCGGUGUAAUUUUCGCUAGUCUUAUAACACUUUUACAUUUUUGAUUUAAUAACGGGGUGAAAAAUCAAGCCUUAAGUUAACAAGAGUUGAAAAAGCUUAAUG